UUUCCCCAUCCCUUAAAUGUCUUAAGAGUUUUAUUGUGUGUGUGUCAGGGAUAUGCCUGUGGAGGUCACAGACUUGGCGGGAGUCUGCCUGCCGUGUGGCUCUUCAUUUGGCAAGCUCUCUUACUCCCUGAGCUAAUUCUCCAGUCCUUCCUUUCCCAUCUUUUAAAGGUGCGUGUGUGUGUGUGUGUGUGUGUGUGUACACCUCCUCAAGCAUGUGUCACUUUAGCAGGGAGGAAUCAAAUUCCGGAUUUUCCUGUAAGUCAGCCUCACCUUUACCUUCCCUGAAAGAGACCCAGGCGCCAAUGAGACUAGGUUCUCAAGCAAAGUCACCUCCCACUGAUGCUCAGGUCGCUUAGCAACGAAGGGACGGGACCGGCAAGAAAGGAGCUGUGCAAAACCGUCCACGGGCAGGCCGGGUGCGCGACGCCGGCUCCCUUCUGGGGGAGCGGCGGCCUGGGGGCUCCCAUGGCCCCCAACCACCUGUCAGUGCGGGAGAUGAGGGAAGAUGAGAAGCCCCUGGUGCUGGAGAUGCUGAAGGCCGGUGUGAAAGACACGGAAAACCGUGUGACCCUCCACGCCCUGACGCGUCCGCCAGCCCUUCUCCUCCUGGCUGCAGCCAGCAGCGGCUUGCGUUUCGUCCUGGCCUCCUUCGCUCUGGCCCUCCUGCUGCCCGUGUUUCUGGCCGUGGCCGCCGUGAAGCUGGGUCUGCGAGCCCGGUGGGGCUCACUGCCUCCGCCAGGCGGCCUGGGGGGGCCCUGGGUGGCUGUCCGGGGCUCGGGCGAUGUGUGUGGAGUCCUGGCUCUGGCCCCUGGUGCCAACGUGGGAGACGGAGCCCGGGUCACCCGCCUCUCUGUCUCUCGAUGGCACCGUCGCAGGGGCGUGGGCAGGAGGCUGCUGGCCUUUGCUGAGUCCCGAGCUCGAGCCUGGGCUGGGAGUAUGGGGGAGCCUCGGGCUCGGCUCGUGGUCCCAGUGGCUGUGGCCGCCUGGGGGGUGGCAGGGUUGUUGGAGGCCUGUGGCUACCAGGCCGAGGGAGGCUGGGGCUGCAUGGGCUACACGCUGGUUCGGGAAUUCAGCAAAGACCUGUGAUCAUAGACCAUGCCCGCUGGGGAGAUGGGCGGGGAACCAGCAUCUAAGGAGCACCUACUGUGUGCCAAGCACUUUAGACCCCCUUCCUCCGUGUCUACCCAGUCUGCUGGGCUGACAGGGAGGCACUGAGGUUGAGGGGCUCACACGCCCACAGCGGACCUGCCAGGUGCAGUGGGGACUCUUCUUGAUCCUCUGGGGCCACUAGAGGUCACCCUGUCCACUCCUUGCCCCCUAGUUUGUAUGCGCUGAAAGAAAGCAAAACAAACAAACAAACAAAACCAGCACCAAGCUAUGAUUCUGGCUCUACAAAGCCCCCACUAUGUGUGUUUUAGGUCUGGAAGGGAUAUUUGGGGAGAGUGAGAGGCAGAGUUAGAGUCUGGGACAGGGAACCCCCCCCCAGGGGACAGAUCAUCUGGGAGUGGGUGGGGUUGAGUGUCCAGUCUCCAAGCCCAUCUGUUUUUUUUUACAGUUUGUUAAUAAAGUCUGAGACUUCUGUG